ACGAGGCAUCUAACAUUGGCAUGUUAUAAUGCUAGUUUAACAACUGUCGAAAAUUUAUUAUUUUUUUAUAUAGGAAUCUAUACCUUCUUAUAUAUAUAUCUAAUCUUCCUUUCUUGAAAGAGUGAAAAAUUUAUCAAAAGUGCUUACGAUCCAUUCUGAGAUAAAGUCGAUAUUCGCAUCAAUAUAUUAACGAAAAGUGAAGGAAAAUGUGGGUUUUUUAUUAAGCGGUUGUCUUGAACGCGCCUCGCUCAACAACCAUGGAUGCCAAACAAGACAAUUGCAAACCAAAAGUUUUUUAUGACCCCAUGUCAAUGAACUGGAGUGAAAAGUACAGUGAUAAAAUUGACGUUGUGUGGGGUAAAUUGCCUGAUUUUCUUAGAGGCACCCUAGCCGCAAUUGCAGUAUUUUUAUUAGGAGUUUCCUUCAACGGAGAAUGGAUAAACAUCACCGUUCAUCUUAGUAAACAAUUAGGUUACUUUAAGGCAAAAAAUUUUUUUCUUACUGACUUUAAAUACUUUUGGUUAAGUAGCAUAGCAGUAUCAUAUUCAAUGUUUAUUCUCAUCGGAGGUUUUUUACAUUGGUACUUCUACGUACGGCAACGUGAUACACCGGAAAAAUGGAAGUGUCAACCGCACAAAUUUUUGUCCCCGGAAUUGGAAAGACACGAAAUUCUAAUGGGAUCAUUUACGCUUUUUGUCAACUGCACGGUUUCCAGUUUGAUCGCAUGUUACGUUGCAAAUGGGGGAUGGAGUAUGACAUAUUACAAUAUAAAUGACUACCCACUGUGGUGGUUUGUCCUUCAAAUACCAGCCAUUUUUAUUUAUCAGGACUACAGUACCUACCUGUUGCAUCGCUUAUAUCACAGGCCGUUUCUUUACAAGCAUUUCCACAAGCUCCAUCACAAGUACAAGCAACCAACGGCAUUUUCCGUCACAGCAAUCCAUCCCGUUGAAUCGGUUCACUUGGAGCUCAAUUACGCACUGCCCUUAUUUAUCAUACCCUGCCACUGGGCGACUUUCUAUGCCGUUUGCCUUUACGUCUAUUACAAUGGAAUAAUUAACCAUUCCGGAAUAGACUUCAAAGCAUCAUGGUGGCAACCGUGGCAACCCGAUACCAUGUUCCAUGAUAACCACCAUCAAUAUUUUCACGUUAACUAUGGUUUUAAUUGUGAAAUUUGGGAUAAGAUACAUGGGACAUACAGACGUAAAGACAUGAUUUAUAAUGAAGAUAACUUUGAUGGGAAACCCAUUUGUGAAGCAACCGAGGAAGAACUGAAGAACGAAUUGGAGGAGAGGAUGUCUGAAAAUCCUGCCGCUCACAGGGGUGAAAAUUACCUUCUCAUGAAAGAAGAAUUGGUGAUGAAUUUAAAGGACAAAAGUGAAUGACGAUUCUUACGUUACGCUUAUGUUUAAGUACGGUAACAUGACAUUUAUUUAUUUUUAAAUUGAUAAUACUGUAAAUGCACACUGUGGAAAGAACAAUAAAAAUAGUUAACAAAU